UGACAUUUGAAAUCCCUCGACACAACCUUUUCUUUAGCAUACGUGAAGUUGACACAUCGGGUCUACUUACAUAACGCUAUAAUCCAGCAAAAUGACUAACACCAAGGGUUAUCGUCGUGGUACCAGGGACAUGUUCUCGCGUCCCUUUAGAAAGCACGGUACCAUCCCAUUGUCAACCUAUCUGAAGGUUUACAAAGCCGGUGACUAUGUUGAUAUCAAGGGUCACGGUGCUGUCCACAAGGGAAUGCCCUACAAGGCGUACCACGGUAAAACUGGCCGUGUGUACAACGUCACCAAGCACGCACUCGGCGUUAUCGUGAACAAACGCGUCCGUGGAAAGAUCCUAGCCAAGCGCAUCAAUGUUCGCAUUGAACACGUCAAGCCAUCCCGUUGCCGCGAGGAUUUCCUGCGUCGCGUGAAGAAGAACGAUACCGAACGUCACGAAUUGAAGGUGAAGAACCCGAAGGCUUUGAUCUGCCUGAAGCGCAAACCCGUUCCACCCCGAGGCGAACAGGUUAUUGUGAAUCCACCCGAGCCCGUCUUUUUGGCUCCAAUCCCGUACGAGUUCAUCGCAUAAGCAGUUGUAUAGAUGGGAAAUACGUUUAAUACAAAUUAAUUUAAAAUUAAAA